GCAGCGGUCGCGGCACUGGUGGGUCCCGGGAGCUCGGGCCUCCGAGUGUGGCAGUUGGCGCGGGGGUGGCGGAGCAGCCGCCGGGACCAUGGUGUUCUACUUCAGCAGCAGUGGCGCUAAUUCAUCCACUUACACUAUUUACAUGGGAAAGGAUAAAUAUGAAAAUGAAGAUCUGAUAAAGUAUGGCUGGCCAGAAGAUAUUUGGUUUCAUGUGGACAAAAUCUCUUUGGCUCAUGUAUACCUUCGAUUACAUAAGUGUUCUGGAGAGAAGAUAGAAGACAUUCCAAAGGAGGUGCUAAUGGACUGUGCCCACCUCGUGAAGGCCAACAGCAUUCAAGGCUGCAAGAUGAACAACGUCAAUGUGGUGUACACACCGUGGUCUAACCUGAAGAAAACAGUGGACGUGGAUGUGGGGCAGAUAGGCUUUCACAGGCAGAAGGACGUAAAAAUUGUGACAGUAGAGAAGAAAGUGAAUGAGAUCCUGAACCGGUUAGAAAAGACUAAAUCAGAGAGGUUCCCAGACCUGGCAGCAGAAAAGGAAGGCCGAGACUGGGAAGAAAGGAAUGAAAAAAAAGCCCAAAUUCAGGAAAUGAAGAGAGAGAAAGAAGAGAUGAAGAAAAAGAGGGAAAUGGACGAACUUAGGAGCUAUUCAUCCCUAAUGAAAGUUGAGGAUAUGUCUUCAAAUCAGGAUUGCAAUGACUCCGAUGAAUUCAUGUGAAAAGAGGAAAGGACCUUUGAAAGGUGUGAAUGGAGGGACAGUGGCAGAGCUUUUGAUUUCAUCUAUGUUAUAAUGAUAAAAAAAAAUCCACCUUCAUUCUACAUUGAUGUUAUCCAUUUUGGAAUUCAAAAGAAAUGGCUCCGGUUUUGCUGACAGCAAAGGAACAGUUAUUACAUAUAAUACAGUUGAACUUGAAGACAGUCUAUAAUUCUAGGGAAACAAAGUAUUUUGGGCAGAACAUGUCUCAGUACUUGGUGGAAGCUGGCUGCCCCUGUUUG